CUAUGAAAUUCAAUAGAUGUAUGAAAUUGUGUUUUCAACAACACAACAUAAUAUUUCUGAAAUAAGAAUUCUAACAUUCUUUGUUCACUAAUGACGAAAAAUAGCCGAAUCGAGUUGUUGUGGAAAAUAUCACCAAAACGCUCUUAUCUUUUGAAGAAGUAGAGAGAGGAAAGAAUUGAGGACGAAAGCAGCCGAAAUGGAACGAUGAGCAGGGCAGAGCAGAAGCAAGCAAGCAGCCGAUUGCCGAAUGCAAGUGUCAUGGUGGACGUGAUGUGAUGAGCCGUAGUGUUGUUUACAACUUUCUUUUCCUUGUGCACGAUGUAAUUUAGAAACAAUGGGUGAAGAAAUAGAUAUUUCUGAUGUCAAUGGCAUCUGCCGUUUGUGUUUGAGAGAUGAUUGUACCAUAAUUCCAAUAUUUGGGAGAGAAAAUACGUCAAGAAAUGGUAUACCUUUAUCCAAGAAGAUCCUUGAUUGUGUGUCUGUUAAGGUUUCCAACGAGGACGGGUUGCCUGGCAUGAUUUGUGUCGGCUGUGUACAUCAGGUGGAUUCGUGGCAAGGAUUUAAGAACAAUUGUGAUGCAUCUCAGAAAAAGUUGAACUCCUGGCUACGUAGAACCAACCCUGACGUUUACGCCAAGAACGAAGCAGAAAAAUGGAAAGAAUCAAAAGCGAAAGAGAAACUUUCUGACGUAAUUGAUUUAUCAAGUGAUGAUGAUGAUGUUGUUGUUUCUCGCCGACCUGUUUUGCAAAGCAGCCGUAUUGGUAGAAGGUUUCAAAGACAACCAAUCAGUCAUUUUCAAAAUCCAGAGCUCUUGAUUAAAACUAAAGAGAUUGAAAUAUUACCAGUUCAAAAUGUUUGUUUGAGUGCUCACCAGAAUCAUAUUGGACUUGAAGACACUCCCUCAACUGAUUCAAACUUAUCUGAGGGAAUAACGGAUGUUACAAUUCCCCAAGUGGAUAACAAUGACUUUGAAGAUGAUUUGCCUGAAGAUCAUUGGUCUGAUACAGCAAUGCCUGAUCCUUUGGGAAAUGCUGACCCAUUAGAAAAUGCAAAUCUGUUAGAAAGUGCAGAUCCAUCAGAAAAUGCUGAUUCACUUGGAAAUGCCGAUCCACUAGGAAAUGCUGAUCCCUUACAAACUGCUGAUCCGCUAGAAAAUGGUGAUCCGUUAGAAAACACUGAUCCCCUACAUAAUGCUGAACCAGAAAAUACUAACCCAUCAGAAAAUGCUGAUUCUAUGGUAAUAGAUGGUGGUUUAGAAAUUACAGAAGCAACCAAAGAUUCCACACCAAAUGCUGAAAGUCAUAAUGAACUUACUGAAACGGAAAAACCUUUGUGUGAAAAUUCAAAUAGUGUUGAAACUAUGCACGAAGGAGAAAAGGGCGAUACAACAGAGAAAAUAGACAAAAUUGAUGGAAAUAGUGUCCCAAAUGAUUUAGCAAUAGACAAAGCAGAUUUGACGAGCGAUAACUGUGAUGCUAAUAGUGGAAAUUCACAAAACCCUAAUAAUGACAGUGAAGAGGCCUUGGAAAAUGGGGAAAGUGAAACACCAAGUACAGAAAAGAUAAAUGAUCGUGAUCAUCCAGAUACUAAUAAAAUCAUAGUUGAGACCAAUGAUAAUUCCAUUGAUAAUUCUCAAACUGUCAACAAUCAGAUUAGCUCAACUAAUGAAGAACCAGCUGGAAAAACAUUGGCCACUUGUGGAAACUUUGGAACAGAAAAUUCCAUUGACAAUAGCUCGUCUUUUGUAAUUGAGCAGGUCACUUCACUCAAUGGUGAGAGUGAUGAAAGAAUGGCUGCAGAUGAACAUAGCAAGGACAACAUUGAAGAAAAUGAAAACUCCAAUGAUAAUUGGGAAGAAAAUUGUGAAAAUGAUUGUGAAGAUGUGGAACCAGACAUCAUCAUGUGUGACUCAAUGACUUCAGUGGUAUCUCACAUUAAAGAAGAGCCUCUAAGUGCAAACGAAGCUGAAGAAGAAGAAGAAGAAGAAGAAAACGAAGAAGGAGAAAACGAAGAAGGAGAAGAAGACCCUCUGAAUUUCCACAGUGUUUUGUUGAAGAGAGAAUCUCAAGAUUUUGUUGACGAGUCGGAAGAUGUUAAGCCAAAUGUACAACUAUUAAAUGAAGCAAUUGAAAACCAAUACACACCAAAAAGACUGAAGAAUGGAAAAGUUCAUUGUGAGCCGUGUAGGGUUUCAUUUUCAAAUGAUGUUUAUUAUGAAAGACAUACAAAAUCAUUAAGACAUAGAAUGAAUUUCAAACUAUAUCGAAUGGGUAAGGCCCCAACCAAGGCAAGAGGAAAAGCUUUGAUCAACGUGGCAAUGGGAAAUAUAAUAAAUUAUGCCAAAGGAACAGGUCCAUACUGUUGUAAUCAAUGUCCAAGCAGAUUCAAACAUAUGCGAAAUCUUCAUACGCACAAGAAGAAACAUUUGAUGGAAGUUCGAGUAUCGUCUAGGUUGUCUAUAUCUGAGACUGCAUCUCAGUCGUCUGAUUUUGAAACUUCAAACGUUGAUAACAGCGCGAAAACUCCAGUUUCUAAAGAAGAUCUAAAAUGUGAACUUUGCUUUCAAUAUUUCAUGUCUACACCUGCUCUCACCUCUCACAGACGUUUCUGUGGUGUGUCAGAGAAGCAACGAUGCACUCAUUGUGGGCAGUCCUUUACAACACAAUCUCUGUUUGCCAAACACCGUAAAGAUUGUCUCAAGGAAUAUAGGAAGACAGUCUUUAAUGAACAGAGACUAAGGGAGGAAGAGAUGAGUAGCAAGAUGGCUCCACAAACUCAAACUCAGCCAAAACCCUCAACUCCAGCCCCUGUUACUGUACCUCUGGACGGCUCAGUAUUGGCAUGCACUCUGUGUAACUUGACCUUCCAGACCUCCUCUGAUCUCAUAAACCACAUGCAACAAAACCAUAUGGACUUUGGAAAAGUUAAGAACAAAACAAUUCAUGAACUACCAGACUUUGCCAAACCUAAUCACUUCAGCCGAACCAGAGAUAGUUCACUUCAUUACUGUAAAUAUUGUCUAAAAUCUUUCCCAACUCUUGGUGGUCUUUCCAGUCAUACUGGAUAUCACGCUAGGAAAAGCGCUUACUAUUGCAAAUUUUGUCGACAAACGUUUAAAGAUAAAAUUACUUUUAGGCAGCACAUGAAAGUGCACAUCGCUGAUCCUAAUUUGAACAAAAAUGUGUGUUGGAUUUGUUACACCCCAUUCGCUUCUCCAAAAGAUUUGAUAAACCACAAGGCUGUUCAUGCUAAUUCUAAAUUGAGGGUGUUUUCUUGUUCUAUUUGUGGUAACUCGUAUAACUCAAAAGAACUGUUAUCGAAGCAUCGAAGAGCCAGUCAUAUGAUGCCUAUCAAUCCAGAGAAUGACUUGGAGAUGGUGCAAGAAAACGAAAGCAGUUAUCAUAUGAUUGAUGAUGACUACAAACCUUUUAAAUGCCGAAUUUGCAAAAAGAAAUUUACGACAUCAGGAAAUCUGAAAAGACACAGCCUCAAGCACAAACCGGGUUUUGUUAGUAGCUCAGUGAACUACCACAUUGAUUACUCAUCACAACAUCGAUGCAGUGGAUGCUUUAAAAGUUUCAAAACUCCAACGGGUCUAUUAAAUCACAAACCGUUUUGUGUGAGGUACAGAAAGACUGGUCUACCCCAUGUAAAUAAUGUUAGUGGAGCCAUAAAGUGUAAGGAUUGUAAGAAAUGGUUUGCAUCUCAAAAUUCUAUAUACAAGCAUAGAGUGUUAAAGCGUUGUAGGCCUCUCCGACAACUAAUCAAAGCAGAAGAAACUAUUGUUCCACUCCGACCGCAAAACUGUCCAAAUUGUGAUCAACAAUUCUUAAGUGAAGAAAGCUUAAAUCGACACAAACAAAGUUGUAAGCCGAGCAUCGAAAGGCUAACAUGCGACUGUGGAGAAGUUUUUGGUUCGGUAGAACUCAAACAAACUCACGCAGAAUCCUGUGUAUCUAAUUGCACUUGUAAAAAUUGCAACAAUAAAUUUAACAGUCCAGAAGAACUGGAAUCUCACCAAAGUAUUUGCCAGUUACAGUCACAAAACCACGACCAGACUCCUCCACCUUUUCAACCUAAAAUUCCUUUGUAUACUCCAGAAAGUAGAAUGCCUGCGGUCGAAUGUGCCAAAUGUAAAAAGAAGUUUGUGUACAGUAAAUGUUUGCAAGUGCAUGAAGAUAAGUGUUUGUACGAUCGUUGGCCUUGCACCAACUGCUUGGAAAUAUUUCCAACCGAGACUGCUCUAGCGACUCACAAGAGCCACAGGUCAUGUCAAUCUCCAAGACAUAGUCGGGCUUCCUCAGUAACUUCGAUGAAUGACGGCCCUACUUUCCAAUGCGAGACUUGUCCAGAAAGAUUUAUUUCUGCAAACGAACUACAAGAACACACUGUUACAUGUGAGAAUAAAGUUUCGGGAACAGAACCAGAGAGUGGGUCAGAAGAGAAACCUUUCAAAUGUGAUUUAUGUGACAAGACAUUUUUGUGGAAAUUCAACGUUGCACGGCAUAAGAAAGUCGCCCAUAAACAUUUGUACCAAUCAGACACGGAGACAACACCCGUCAGGAAAAACGCGGAGAGAGAAGCCAGUGUCUUCAAGUGCAAGUUGUGUCCAGAUAUAGUGUUUCAUAAGCAGCAAGGUUUACUAGAGCAUCAGAUGUUACAUGAAAGUUCAGAAGAGAAUGAGACUGAAGCCAAUAGUACUGGUGUACUUUUGACAUGUGAACUUUGUGACAAGAAACUACCCGAAGCCUUGUACCCGGUGCAUAUGGAUGAGCACAUGAACGACGACUUUGAAGAAUCUCAAGAGCACGAAGUGCCUCCCGUGGAGUGUGAGCUAGGAGGAUCGUAUCCUUGUGAUAUCUGUGGCAAGACAUUCAGCUCGCCUUCAAGUAGAAAGAGUCAUAGAGCUUCUCACUGGAGGCACUAUACCGCUGGGUAUGACCCCACUCUGGAACCUUCACCUAAGAGGUUAAAAGUGAAACACGUUCGUUGCAACAUCUGCAACAAAAUGCUAUCAGUAAACUCGUUGCCAAAACACAAGAUGAUGCACAGAAGGGAAGCGGCUGAAUAUUUUGGUGGUGAAGCUCGUAGUCAAACUCCUCAGAAACCCGCACAAACGGCAAGCACAUCUUCAGCCUCUAGAAGCUCUACUCCAAACUUCAUGGUGGAUUUGACUUUUCAAGAAAAUGAAGAUGAAGAGACUUCUACCUCAAUAUUCCCGUGUCCAAAAUGUGACAGGACAUUUAACGUAAGAAAGUCACUACUAGAACAUUUAAAAAGUCAUAUGGAGGAAGGUAGUGAACCAGACGGGUUUUCAUCUGCGCCGGGUACAGUUGAUCAGUACCCUUAUAAAUGUGUGUUUUGCGACUUGUCAUGGAAGUAUAAAAGUGUUUACGAACGGCAUUUGUCAUCAAAAAAACACCUUGAAAUACAGAAACAGUUGGCAGGUAUUAUUUAACAAUAAAAACUCACCAAUUUUGGUGAUGUUCAAGCGAUAUAUAAAGGACUUGAAGAACUGUUGAUACCAUCUUGAGUUCUUUAGCUGUCAUCCUUUUCUUUAUUUGAUAAAAGAUUACUGAGUCAACCUCUCAAGUUGAACCUUGUAGGACAAAGCCCUAAUAAGCUUGUUUUGUAAUUAUUCACAAUCGUAGAUGUAAUCCUAACUGGUGUUUGUGUUGUUUUGCUUAAGAUAGGUUUUUGAUUCUUUAUGUUUUACUACAGUUUGAGGGCUAAGAAAAUGUGACGAUUUCAACGACUGAAUAGUCUAUAAGUUUUAAAUGUAUGUAUAUAUUGUGUAUUUGUUUAACUGAAAGUUUCGGUUUAUUUUAAAUGCCUAAAAAUGAUUCGUAACAUUCACACAAACUAUCAAAUAUUGCUAAUGUACAGUUUUGAAGCAAACAUUUUUCCUUUCAGAACUGUAAACAAAAUGUACUGUUUUUUGAUGAGCACUAUUUUAGCUGUUCUCAAACUGCCUAACAUAAUUUUUUUACUCAAAUAAGUAAAUAAUGUAACAAAUGGUUAGUAAGGCAUUUUAUUUCAAUUAAAUUAUACUUGGGAAUGCCACUUCUUUAAAUAUUUAAUUUAAAUAAUGUUGAAAUUACAAAGGAUUACUGUAUUUAAAAAAUAACCUUUUUAUGUAACCAAGUUUGCAACAUGGUUUUAGUAUGAUGAUAAAAUUGAUUGGUUUAGGUAAGCAGAAAAUUUCUCAGUGAAAUGAAGUUUUUGAUUAUUGUUAUAGGUAUAGAUAGCAGAGCAUUGCAACUCUUCAAUAUCAACUUUUAAAUUUUUUUUUGCUCGUAACUAAAAUAAUGCUAUAAGGGAAAACAACCAUAGCGGUAACAACUGUUAACAAUUUACAAUAUAGCUUAAACUUGCGUGACUAUAAACAUCAAACCCAAUAGGAAAAUAAUUGAUUGAAUUUGAUUAUGCUAGUAAAAGUAUGAAUUUUGUUUUGUAUUGUUACUGAGUAAAUAUAAUUUGCAUUUAUAGGUUUUCAAAAUAAUUCAGUUAGUAAAACAGUUGUAUCAUUGCCUAUAGUUAAGGAAUUGUUGGUGUUAAAUUAUUUCUCAUUAAUUUUUAUAGACAGUGUUCUUAUUCCACCUAUAUUUUAUGUUAUCAAGAGAGGUUUCUAUAUUCUAACCUUUUAUAAGAAAAAUGUUUUAAUAGAGGUUUAUGUUAUGCAGUUGCUUUUAGUAGGGUCUUAUAUUAACUUCUAUCCAUCUGUCUUAGAAAUUAUUUUUAAUAAGAAAGCUUACUUUUAUUAGACUAAAUACAGAUUUUUAGAAUGAAGUACAGUAGCCCCCCUCUUAACCGACCUCACAUUAACCGAUUUACGGUUACGCAUUAAUACGGUUACGCAUUAACUGAUUAACUCUCGAACGGAUUAUAUGCCCUCGCUUGUAAAGUUUUUUAACCAACCUUCUUUUGGGAGCAGUUCAGAUUAACCGCCGCUUUCUAUAAAUCUUGAUGGGAUCAAUUUGCUAAAUCCAUAGGGUGCAGGAUGGUACCCUAUGGAUAAACAUCCCGUCUUGUAAAGAAAUGGUGGCUUGUAUCAUUAAUUUAGAAAACAAGCUCUGUACUGUAUUACGAUGGAUUUGGAAAGCAUAAAUUAAUACUAGGAAAGGUAUUCAAAAUAAGAAUUUUUAUUGACUAGCCAGCAACUAAUUUAUUCCACUGAAAGAAUUUGAAUUUACCAUGUUUUGGGUUUAUUUGGGACUUUUCUAUCCUCAAUACUUUAGAGAAAAAGAGUAGUUUAUUUUGUAAAUAAUGAACAUACGACUUCAGAAUAGUGAUUAUAUAAUUCCAAAUGAAUAGCACUACAUUUUAAAGUUUUUAGGGAUUGCCUGUUUUUACCGACCUUUUGAGUUAUCCGAGACCGACCUUGGUCCGGUCCUGUUAGGGUCGGUUAAGAGGGGGUCUACUGUAAACAUAAGGAUACGAUGUGUUAAACCUGCCCUAACUUUUUUUAUCACAGUGGACUGUAUGUAUAUGGGUUGGAUUAUUUUUUUUUAUAUUCAUAGUAUAUUUUAUAUUAGUUACCAUAAAUUGUUGUGUAAUAAUAUAUGAUUUCUUUCUUGUUUUAAGUUGCACACUUGACUUUCUUGUUAAAAUAUACUAUUUAGUUUUUACUGUACAAAGGUACUGUAGUUUGUGAUGAUCCAUACAAAAUAUUAGUUAUAAGUUAUUAGUUUUGUUGUACAUUAUACACUGGCCCUUGUAGAAUAUUCAUUUGAAUCCAAAAUCCGGGUACUAUUCUUCUCUUGAGGCUUUUUCAAAUUCCCUUUCAACAAAUACACAGAUAAUAGUCAAAUGAAACAGCGGGUAAAACUCAAUAAUAAUUGUUUUUUAGUUUCUGUACAGUUUAGAUUCUACUUUGAUAAAUCACUAGUGUUGGCUUAAACUUACUUUUAUGAUAUCUAAUUUAUUUUUUAUCAAUUUAAUUGUGACUAUUGAAUUGAUAAUCACUGUCUAAACUUCAGCUUCAGUACUGUUGACUGCACGAACGUGUUUAAUUAAUCAAUCUUCUUUUAAUUUGAUAUAUAUUUAUAUAAAAAAGUUGGCAGCCUUUUUGGCCUUGCACUUGCCUGUCUACAUGGGCUGAAGAGGUUUGUACCAGGAUACAAACCCUUUAUAUCACUGCCUUGAAGUCAGUGGCGCUACCGACUCAUCUAUGUACUUGCUCUAUUUAGUAUCGUCUACUUAACCAACAUUCAUUUAGUUCCUAUCUCUGGACUAAUUGAUUUUCUUAGAGGACCCUUCUGUGGCACUAGCAACUAAGCCACCGACUCGCCAAAAGGGAGUCUCAAAACUUAACCUAACUUGCACAGUAACCAAAUUGAGAUAUUUUACUUGGGCCAAAGUAUUUUUGUUUGUUUAGGUGCCUCAGACCACUUAAUGUUUUUAAAUAACAUUUUAUUUCUGCUCGUUGGGGGUUGUACUUUUAUUUUUGAACACAAAUUGAAUUUAUUUUGCUACUUCAAAUCAAUGUUAUUUUCACUGCCUGAAAACUAGAUAUAAUUUUUAUUUUUAGUUAUUGUUAUGCUAUUCCAAAAAUUCUAUUAGUUUAUUUUACCAAGCAAGUGUUUAUUCAAUAAUUGUGGUCAAUCCUCGAUUGAUUCCGUUGUUACAUUUGUAAAUAUUUUUACUCCUGUAUAUGUGUUUUGUAUUGUGUUGAAGAGUAUUAGGUUUCAUAUAAAAGGUGUUGUUUUGCAUUGGUUAGAAUUGUGUGAGAAAUUUCUGUCAUGUUUUCUUUUGUACAUAAAUAGAGUUGAAAUGCAAAAUAUAUAUUCUUACGAAUUA